UGAACUUCCCGUCCUUCAUUUUGGCUGUACUAGUUGUUCUUGUUAUCUAUUGGACAUCCCUGCGCUAUCUUAAAAAAUUAUAUUUAACGACGUUUUUUCGGUGUCAUCUCGAUUUCAUCAGCAUAUCAACGACAAAUAUUUAAUUUAAUAACCAUGGACCAAAUGGAAGACCCCGCUGGAUCAGAUAAUAAACGAGCUAUAGAGCGGAAAAGGAGUUGAAGAUGCUAAGCGAGGACUUCAGAGAGGACAAGCUUUCAACAUCAGCACCGUCCAUCACUUUUUCCCUCCACCCAUACCCUAAACAUCACGCACAGACGCUGGUUUAGCCAGAGUCCUCUCCCCUAAUACUGUCUGACUCCAGCAGUCUGAUCACAAGCAUUUCGAUGGGUGGUAAUGAAGGAGGAGGACGGGGAGGGGAGCGAUGGAGCUUCUUCGGAGUGCGACCCAUCGUGCAGAAAUCCCCCACUGACCCAGGAUCAGAAACCAACACUCCUGGGGGAGUCACACUGCAGUCGUACUUCGGGAUUCAGAAGUCCAAUACAAUGGAUGCCAUAAAGACCAAGAUAAACCUCACUGUUGAAGAUCCUGCCAAAUUCAAUUCUCCCAAGAUCGAGAUGAUGAACGGCGAGGACGGAAAGAAAACAUCCUGUCACAGACUGAGACACCGAGACAUGAACAUUCUCACUCCCUCCGGCUUCUGACCUCCACGAGUCUUCAACUCUCUUAAGCUUCCUCGCCUUUUAUAUACACGUUACAGCACAAAUUGACAGAUCUGUCUCUUGUCAUUUCAUGGCCUCACGUGAAUAACGAUAACCACACACAAACGUAUCCGUUUCCCUAUAUCACUUGAAUAGUAUUUCCCUUUAAAUUAGAUAAGAGACAGAAUCUCUCACGUUAGUGCCAAGUAUCACGGAUAGUUGCUUUUUAUUUGCAUUCCCCGCCAAAAUUGAAAAAAAAAAAAGUUUUGAUUAGUGUAUGAUAUUACAGAUUUCUUUUGUUAAGGUUUAAAUUGACCACAUUGGAAUUGCAGUGAAAAUAUUCAUAAUCUGUGUUUUUAGGAAUGAGAUGCAUUCAUGAGUAUAUCUGUUGACAGUCAAUCUGAAUUUUGUGGAUCAUUUUGAAAAGCUCAUGUGUUCGUUAAACCCGUUUCAAUAUCGUUUUCCAUUAGAUAGGUGGAUUUCAUCAGUGACAGCAGCACAUUGUAAUUCUAAAGCACAUCUGCAUGCAUCUGUUCAUUGCCACUACAUAACAUGCAAUCUAUAAGUCAGGUUUGACAAAACAGUCAGGUAUAUUUUUACAUAGUUGAAACAUGUUUAAGCGCCAUUUUUGUGACUUAACUAAACUUAAAGAUUUAGUUCAGAUUAUUAAUUUAUUUUAUGAAUCAUGACGAGAUGUUGCUGUGAUAUUUUGUCACGUGUGGUGCCCCGUGUGCAAUAAGCUACAGCAUUGUUUAUACCAGCAUGCUGAAAGCACCUCAUUCCUAUCACUGGGUUUCACAUUGUUUUCCUUUUUCUUUCUGUAUCGCACACUACAGCCGAGUACUGUUUUGCUGUAUAUGCUGAAGCUGGAAUCAUUUCACUGUUGCUGUUUUGUAUAUUUGUAGUGGAAAUGCUUUGGCUUUACAAUAUUCCACUCUGCUCAACUUUACUUGUUGUAGUUUGUUUUUUCAUAGUGCUGGAAUCUUCAAUUUUGUAAGACCGAAGUGGCUUUUGCAUCUCAGGCCAAACUGUCUAACGCCAGUCACGUGUUGUUCAUCAUGCUCAGUGUGAGUAUUUGAUUCCUAUAAUAAAACAUCGCUGUCAAGCACAAUGAACAA